UUAAAAAAAAAAAUAAAAAACAUGGAUUUCUCUGAUACUCCAUCACUGUAUUCUUUCCCCAGUGCCAAUGUUUCUGAGGAAGAUUUCAAGCUCUUUCACAGCAUUGAUCGGAAGCUAUUUGCGCGGCUGGUUGUGGGGCUGGGGCGCGACCCUUCGGAGUCGCUGCAACUGAUGGCGUUCUGGCUGUGGCUUGAGAACGCCGGGAACGACAUGUUUCUGGUGAAGAAGGUGCUGAGUUUGCCGGCGCAGUUGAUGAGCGAGGUGGCGGAGGAGACGAUUUUGUGUCUGAAAUGCGUGAAGAACGAGAAUUUCCCGUUCAUGGAGGUCGACCUGGCUCUGCUCCCCAAUUUGGUUAAGAAAAACGGGUUAACCAGCCCGGUUUAUCUUCACCAAAACCGGGUCGCCGUCAUGCGCGGAUUGAAGAAAAUGGUGACGAAGGUCUGCUUUAGGGCUUUCGACGACAUUUUAGUCCACUUGGCCAAUCAGACCGCCGUUUCCCGACCCGGAAAUGUGGGGACCACUUACGAGCAGGCCGGCACGGAGGGGCCCCACCCGUCGUUUUAUCACUCCUAUGCACCGGCGACGCAGUUUUACCCUAAUUCCCCGUACACGUCAUCUCUAGGGCAAAUGAGUUAUCCGCCGCCGGCGGUUGUGAGCGCGGAUUUUCCUCCGCUGGUGCCCCGGCCAAAAGCGGGACCUCCUCCGCUUGCCGCGGCGCCGGAGCAGCUGCCGUUGCCGCCGCAGAUGAGCACUGAAAUGCUGGAAAUGUUCAACCGUUCGAUGAGAAUCCCGGCGGCCGAAGAAGUCCAUCCCGAUGAUAGAACCAUCUUCUUGACCUUCUCUAAAGGUUACCCCAUUACUGAACAGGAAGUAAAAGAUUUCUUCUCUAGGAAAUUUGGAGAUAGCAUAGAGGCCAUACACAUGCAAGAAGUGGGAAGUGGAGAGCAAGUACUGUACGCGCGGCUGGUGGCGCGUUCGCUGGCGGCGCUUGAGGCCAUCGUGAUCGGCGGCAAAGCCAAGUAUAACAUCAACGGGAAGCACGUUUGGGCGCGCAAAUAUGUGAAGAAACAGAAUUCCAAGGCUCUCUCCUCCUCCCCGCCAUCAUCAUCGUCAUCGCUAUCAUCGUCGCCGGCUGCUACUUCCUCGAAACCCUAAUUUCAUUGUUUGUUGUACUGAUGAGUAUCUACCUGCAGCUUCUUAUGUAUUAUACAUGUAUAC